AUGAGAUCAUUUCCAUGGCUGACUCCUCCACCACUAUUGAUGACAUCGAAGGGGAGCUCUUCAAAAUCGAGAGGAUCAGGGAGAUCCUGGUGAGGAGGGAGUCAGAGCUGCGAUACAUGAUGGAUGACAUUCAGCUCUGCAAAGAAAUCAGCCGGCUGAAAAAGGAGCUUCAAAAGCUCCUUGCCCUUCCUGAGACUGAGAAGUCCAAUGAGGAGAAGCAGAAGGAGGAGGAACUGGUGCAGCAGAUCCACAAGCUGGUGGAAACACGGGAUUUCCUGGUGGACGAUGUGGAGUUUGAGAGGCUCAGGGAGAGAGAGGAAGACAAAGAAAUGGCAGAAUUCCUGCAAAGUAAGCUCUCCAAAAGCUACCUCCAGAAAGCAACUCCUGUCAGAGAGAAGAAAAUGACUUCCAGGGGGCAGCAAACCUCCGCACCGUACAUGACCAAAACGGGCCUCACCCUGCUCAAGGAGUGCUGUGGCUUCACCUGCUCCAUCAUGUAGCCAGCUCCCAGCUCCUCUGCAUGGGACGUGACCACGGUCUCCAGCCAGAGUCCACAACCUGCUCUCCUCUGAGAGUUCCAACCUCCCGUCAUUAUUCACGCUUCCCACUGCAGCACUGCUAC